GUCCCAACCUGAAGAGGCUACACCCGGGUGGAGUCUUACAUCACAAGAGCCUUCCAAAAUGAGAAGCCAAGAAGACUUGGCCAAAGUUUCCUCUUAAGUUUCGUGGAGAGAGACUCAGGUAUAGAAAUAUCUUUCCUGCCGCCUGACCCGAAACAGGAGAAACUGCUGACAGCUUGGAGACCAGAGUAGGUGGCUCCCAGGUAGAUGGACGCGUGUGGACUUUGUCGUUGCAGCCCUGCCAUGUGCACCAGUAGUGCCUGCGACCUGGAGGAGAUCCCCCUGGAUGAUGAUGACCCAGACAGCAUGGAAUUCAAAAUCCUGGAGUUCUACGUCAAACACCAUGUCUUCAAGAACACCUCUACUGUCUUCUCACAAAAGCUCCCGAGAACAAGAAGUUUGUCCCAGAGAGGACCAGAGAGUUGGCCGGCAAAGAAAGCAUGGACACAGGGACCGUGGACUUGCAGAAAUUCCCAAUCCACGGAGAAGGCCAUAAACGUUGCCAAGAAAAAGUCGUCUUGGAGAACACUCUUUGGAGUAGCAGAGAAGGAGGAGGACUCUCGGAGCUCACCUCUGGAUAUCCGUUUUGAGCUGCAAAGUCCGGUGGGACCUCAGAGUGGUCCUCAUGGUCGGCAGUGGCCGAGGUCCCUCUCCAAUGUGGAACAGCGCUUAGAGCGUGAAGCCGUGGACCCCAAAGUUGUUUCCAUUGCCAACCGAGUCGCUGAAAUCGUUUAUUCCUGGCCGCCGCCAGAAGCGCUCCACAGCCAGGGAGGAAGCUUCAAGUCCAGAACGAUUGUGACACACCAGGGUCUCCAGCACCAGGGCUUCCAGCCUACAGCUGCAGGUGGGAAGAGUGUUGAUAAUGAGGGUCCUAGCUGGCCCCUGAGUUUGCAGUACGCCAAAACAGAAGGCAAAAGAUUGAUCUGCAAAGGUGGUGGUGUCUCCCAAGCUCAGAAGCAAAACGGAAAAGACCAGGUAAUAGCCAGAAUCGUUGAGCUGCUGAAAUAUUCGGGGGAUCAGUUGGAAAGAGAGUUGAAGAGAGACAAGGCUUUGAUGAACAGCUUCCAGGGCGGGCUGUCCUACUCUGUUUUCAAGACCAUCACAGACCAGUUCCUAAGGGGUGUGGACACCAGGGGAGAAUCAGAGGUCAAAGCUCAGGGCUUUAAGGCUGCUCUUGCAAUAGACGUCAUGGCCAAGCUCACAAGCAUCGACAGCCAUCCCAUGAACAGGGUGCUGGGCUUUGGAACCAAGUACCUGAAGGAGAACUUCUCGCCCUGGGCCCAGCAGCACGGUGGCUGGGAAAAAGUACUUGGGAUAUCACAUGAAGAAGUAGACUGAAACAUCAGAGGAUUUGUAAUCUGGAAUACUCAUGGUCCAACUCUGGUCUUGUGUACAUCCGUCUUAGCAGACUAUGGGAGAAAACAAAAAUGGACAAGGCAGAUGGACCAUCAAAAUCUGCAAAACCAUUAUUCCUGCAAAUCAAGAGGCAUCAGGAGAGGCCUUGAGAUCUCCGGCUCAUAGAAUCUAGUAGCAUGGCCCUCGGCAUCCAUGUUUUCAGGUCUCCAUUGAGCGUGUAAGGAAGUCUUGAAAGACAAGUGGUGAUUUUCCAUUCAAAUGCUUAGAACAGAAGCCAUCACCCUGCCUCUGCCGGCCACUUUAGUGAAAGUGUGUGACACAUGUUUGUUGACCUCAUGAAGGUGAAAUGAUAAACGGUGCAUUUGCUUACUCUUUGGUUUCCAGUACUAUUUAUUUUUCAAACUUCACUUGAGAUGGCCUGAUAAUGACAUUGUUUCAAGCCUACCUUUAGGCCCAUGUGGCUGUUCGUGUUGGUAGACAGAGCUCAGAGACUCCUGAGUUUACUGCUGUAGCCUGGGGAGAGACUGCCGUAUCUGCU